AUGCAGCAACUGCAGCAGAAUUAUUUGCUGCAGCUGCUGCUGCUGCUGCUUCUGUUCCCGUCUGUCUCAGCACAUAUUCACGUUGCCCCAGAGUACUUUCAUCGCUGUGAUGCUGCUGUACAGCCUUCAGCAGUAAUGCUAACAGGAGGUGCUUGGCUGCUGCAGGGCCUCGGUGCUGCUGCUCCUCUAUGCAAGGGGCCCCUGGGAGCCCUUCUAGGCUGUGGGGUGUAUACGCAGCUUCCGCAUGCAGAAAUUGAGAUGCUUCCUAGGAAGCUUCAAGCCGUAGACAAUAACAAAGAAAAUUCAAAUGAAUAUAUACUCUCUCCUUCUACACUUCAGAGACUCUUUAAUUGGGGGGCCCCUGAGGAGAUAGCAGAAGUAACAGCCAGCCAGCCACAUGCUGCUGCUGCUGCUGCUGCUGCUGCUGCUCCUGCUGCUGCUGCUGAUGCCGCAGCAGCAAAACAACGCAGCAGAAGAGGGCCCCGAAAGACCCACAGGAGGGCCCCACAGGGCCAUAAGGCGAAGCAACACGGGGGAGCUGCAGCUUCGCAGCAGAAAUUGCAGCAGCAGCAGCAGCACGAGCAGCAGCAGCAGGAGAGUCCUCACCAGGAGAAGCAACAGCAGCAAGAGGAGAAGCAGCAGCAGCACCAGGAGAAGCAACAGAAACAUGAGGAGAAACAGCAGCAGCACCAGGAUAGGCAGAAGCAGCAUGAGGAGAAGCAGCAUGAGCAGCAUGAAAAGAAGCAGCAGCAGCAGCAACAGCAGCAGCAGGAUGAGGAGGUGCAUGCUUCUUCUGGUGUAUGGAUGUUUAUAAAUUCUGUUGCGUCAAGUGCUGCUCUUGUUGCUGCUACAGAGUUAGGCGAUAGGACCUUCUUCUUAGCUGCGCUGCUGGCAGUAAGAUAUGAAAGAGUGCUGGUGUUUGGGGCUGCAUGCGCAGCUUUAUGCUUGGCGUCAGCGGUGUCAGCUGCAGCAGGAUACUGUCUUCAGUCUGCUGCUGCUUUCUCCUUUCUUCCCGCUUCAGUUAGAUCUCUGCUGCAGGGCGGCAACGUUGUUGCUGCUGCUUCUGCUGCUGUGCUGCUGUUCUUUGGCUGCUGGCAUCUCUAUAAAGCAAAGAAAUCUCGUCAAGCAUACAGAGGCGGCCGCAGCAGCACAGCUUGUAGGGUGUCUCUGCAUAAUCAGGGGCCUAGGGAGCCCUCCCUGGUUGCGCCUCUGCCGCCUACUGCUGCUGCUGCUGCAGAUGCUGCAGAUGCUGCUCCUGGUGGUGGUGCUGCAGCUGCGGUUGCUGCAGACAGCUUUGGGUUGGUUGCAGCAGACAAGCGCACAGACAGCUUCAGCAGCAGCAGGAGCAACAGCAGCAGCAACAGCAGCGAGGCGUCUGCUUUUAAUCUGAAUAUGCAUAAGAGUUUGACGGGGCCUGACGACGCCUCUGUCUCUACUCGGCUGUCUCCUGCAGAAACUGAUGCAUGCAGAGACGGUGAAAACAUUUGCUGUGAGGAGUUGGAAGAAGCUCAAGAAGAUGCAGAUAGAAUCUGUUACACGCGUUUGGGUUUGGCGCCCGAGUCUUGGCGAGUUUGCCGAGAGGUUUUUUUGCUGAUUUUGUUUGCGGAGUGGGGCGACAAAUCGAUGUUCACAACUGUCUCCCUUGCUGCAGCACAAAAUGCUUGGGGGGUAUUCGUUGGCAGUUGUAUGGGCCACGCGUUGGUGACUGCUUUUGGGGUGGUUGGGGGUUUGCUGCUGCAGCGGUGGGUGAGCGAAUUUUCCUUGAAUUUAGCAGCAGGCCUACUUAUGAUUCUUCUCGCAAUUACAACUGCAUGCGACGCAGCGUUCUAA